UAAUGGCAGAGCCAAAGUUGAAAUGAACAAGUCUGUGCCUCACGAUUGAAAAAUUACAAAAACAGGGAUCCCUUACCUCUGUUCAGAUAGCAUGCUGUAAGAAUUGAGCUUCAGAGCAAGUCGUCAGCACCAUGGCCAGCAUAUUUGACCAGUACGAGUCUCAGCAAGGGUCGUACAGCAACCAUGUCUCCGGCACAAAUUCUUCCAUGAGCUCCACAUUGGCCACGUCUCUCUUCCGCAACCUCAAGCUGGAAGAAGAUACGCCUAUUUUCUCCAAGCAGAGGAUAAACUUCUUGCCAAAACAUGACAUUGUCCAGUUUGUGGCUAACAACAAUAGGAUUGUUUUAGCUAUGACAAAUAAUGUGUUAAUUAGGAUUAACUUGCUACAACCUCAAAACAUUGAAGAAAUUGACCUAGGAAAGUUCUGCACUCAAAGUAACCAAGUUUAUAGAUUAUUCUUGGACGCUAGCGGCGAGCAUUUGCUUGUAAGCUUAUUUAAAAAACCCAAAGCUGAUGAAUCAUCGACCAUCGAAGCAAUUGACUGCUUGUACAUCCCCUGGGCAAGCAAAAAAAUCAGUGCGAUCACUAGAUUAAAAGGUCACAUGGUGUCUUCUGUUGCGUGGAGCCAGCGCAAUGCGUCACAAACCUUGACAGGCCCCAUAGUGAUAGGCACCGCGGCAGGUCAGCUGCAUGAGUUUGAGCUGUCACAAGAGAACUCGAUGUUCCAGUCAGGAAUGGAGCCGUACUGCAAGCAGCUUUACGCUCUGACCAAAGUUGAGGAAAUUGAUGGCGUUCAAAUAUUGUCCUGUCCCACGGAUGAUCUGGAGUAUGUUAUCCUCUGCUGCACCAAAACUCGCUUGUAUUCAUUCAGAGGAAACAUUCCAUCUUCCGAGAAGCGACCUUUGUUCUCUGAAAUCUUUCUUCCUUAUAAAGACAGAACGGACCAUUACAUUGAGUACCAUGGAUCUAUACACAAACCUUGUCUUGAACUUCAUUAUGAACCCAACACAAUGCUUGCCUUCUCUUUUGCAUGGACGAAUGCUUUUGGUGUGUAUUAUGCAUCAGUGGAUUGGAGCAAAUCUGGCAGUGAUAUUUCAGAUCAAAAGAAGCUGCUCAAAGUUACCCGGGAUUCCGGCAGCUCAGAACUGUUAUCCAAAGUCUCUGCAGGCCUCGUGUUGACGCCUUUCCAUGUUUUAUUGCCACACGACAAUGAAGUGUCUGUUGUCAGCAUCUUGAGUGAGAAAGUGCUUAUGAAUGACCGAAUCCCCGGCGACUGCGGUGACGCGCUUGGUAUGUGCCAAGACUCCGUUAAAGGCACCAUCUGGCUCUACACUAAGAAAGGGAUUUUCAAGUGCAAAAUGGACAGAGAAGAUAGAAAUGUGUGGAAGGCCUAUCUCGACCAAGAGAAGUUCGAUAUGGCACGGAAAUACUGUCGUGGAGAUGAAUUAAAGCUGUUGCAUGUGCGUAUGAAGGAAGCCGAAUUUUUGUUUGAGAAGGGCGACUCUGUAAGGAGUGCUCAGUUGUAUGCUCACACACUAGUGCCUUUUGAACAAGUCUUCUUUAAGCUGAACAGCAUCAAGGAUGAUUCAGGACUGCGUGUCUUCCUCUUGGAAAAGCUGGAAACUUUAGGUGAGGAUGAAAUAGGUCAGUAUUCUUUGGUAACACUUGUGUUGCUCGAACACUACUUCAAAACGCUUGGACUUCUCCGAGACUCGGGUGAGGACACAAAUCAAGAAUACAAGAAAGUCAGCUCGGAGCUUGAGAAUUUGCUGCAAAAGCCACGCGUCCUGAAAACUUUAGAAAGAAACAGUAACGCCGUAUACCAAUUGCUCAGCUGCCACGCCGAUCAGAGCAAUAUCAUUAAGAUCUCAGGCUUGAUCAAAGCGUACGAUCGAGUUGUAAAGCACCUGAUCAACACAAACCGACACAUGGAGGCUUUAGAGAUACUUACGAAUCACUCUUCUGACGUGCUGAUAUUAGAGCACCUGCCAACGCUUCUCAAAACGAUCCCAAUCCCCACCGUCGACUUCAUGAUGUCUCUUGGCCACAAGCUUGAUCCUGUGAAAAUGAUGCCUAAAUUAGUGCAGGUCCACGCUUCAAAGAAAGCCACCUCGGAGAUCAGAAAAUACCUCGAGUACUGCAUUAAUGAACUCGACCGCACCGACUCUGUUCUGCAUAAUUUUCUCAUAACAAUCUAUGCAACUGAAUAUCCGGACAAACUUCUGCCGUACCUGAAAAUGCAGGGUGAAAAUUUAGACAGUGUUUAUUACGACACCAAGCUUGCGUUGCGCGAGUGCGUUUCGGCAAAACAGGACGUUGCCUCGGUGCAUAUCCUCUCCGUGAUGGGGCUGUACCAGGAGGCUGUAGAACUCGCGCUCAAAACUGAUUUGAAUCUCGCCAAAGCUACGGCAGAAAAGCAACGCAACAACCCUCAACUCUGCAAGAAAUUAUGGCUUGUAAUCACCAAGUAUCUCGUAGAGGAGAGUCAGGAUGUCACAAAGGCUCUGGCCAUCAUGCAUGAAUGUGAACUAAUUAAAAUCGAAGACAUUCUUCCGUUUUUUCCAGAUUUUGUAACUAUUGAUCUCUUUAAGGACGCUAUUUGCGAAUCGCUAAAGGAAUAUAACGAAGAAAUAGAAAUGCUUAAAGUUGAGAUGAACGAAGCCUCAAAAAUUGCAGACGAGAUGCGAUCGGACGUGCAACUUUUGAAACAAGAACACACGAGCGUGAACGCUGACGACCUUUGCCACGAGUGCCACAACUCCCUCCUCGACAGGCCGUUCUAUUUGUUCCAAUGUGAUCACAAGUAUCACCAAGACUGCCUCACCGAAGCAGUGAUGGCAUAUCUGACUCCCUCAGAGAAGCACACCGUGCAGAAGCUGAGGUCGCGGCUCUUGGCUCUGUCUUCGGAAGAGCAGCGCGGCAGCGGCAGUAACCAAGACGCCUCAACUGAACGCGUCGAGGUACGCGCUAAACUGGACGACAUCGUGGCGUUCGAGUGCCUUUAUUGCGGCGAGAGAAUAGUUGACUGCAUCGACACGCCCUUCAUUGCAGACCAAGACUGGAGAGAAGUCAUGGCUGAAUGGCGGUGAUGAAACAGUUUCUUUCAACUGUCACACGUCCAACCGAAGAAGUAGCAGCUGUCAGAGCCCCAAGUGACAUCUAGUAACGGAGACCUCCUGCUCAUCAAAAUAGGCGGCUUGUUAGAUCCAAUCAAGAUUCGGAGGACUCUGGUUUUUGUAUUUUCUAAUUGCUACUUUUCAGUUAUAAAAUAAUUAUCUUUUGUCAUGAGCAUUGAUUGAGUCAUCCUCUUCUCAUACUAUGUUAUUUGUCAUUCAAUGUGCACUACUAUACAAAUCAAUCUAUAUUGUUAUUUUAUUUAUUUUGUGUUGGCAAUCGUCCCAGAAUUGUAUUCUCCUGAUCGGGGUAAACCAUUAUGAAUUUUAUAUCCUAUUGUUAUCCCGCUACUGAUUUCUUUUGAGACUUAAUUUAUCUUAUUCGAGAGUUGCAUCGAAGUUCGUCUUGCCACUGUUGCAAUUUGCGCCAUUCAUGAAUUCGCUAAUUCAAUACUUCAAUACUUUACAAUACUUACAAUACUUUACAUGGAAUGGGAAGAUCAUAACACGUUUGUUUUGGUUUGUAGGCGUACUAACAUUAUUUUUUCAUCAUAUUUUUUCACCAUAUUUUUUCACUAACCAUUAUUUUUCAAGUGUUAGUAGAUUUAAAGAUACCUUUUACUGGGACAGUUUUUAUGUUGAAUUUUCCCCUCAUAUUAUUAUUAUUUAAUCAAAUCUGUUUUAUUAAACAACCGUGUUUGCGUGAGAGGUAGCAAGGUUGGUCUUCAUGAGCAGUUUGAGUUUCCAACAUCAAUUGGUCAUAAGAAUAUACCGAUUCUGAUCACGCAUUAUCGAAACACUACAGUUUCACUCAAGUCUACAUAGGAUUGUAAGUUGAUUAUCAAUUGUAUCUAACAAAUAGUUGUGUUUGAAUACUGUAUAUUAUCUUAGUUAUUUUCCUUCACUCCGUUUAAUUUCUUUACUAGUCGCUACGCCGCUGACAUUCCAUGUUCACCUUCCCGGCCGCUGCUCCAUGUGCUGGCGCUGCGGUUUAUGAUGUGUAGAACUUAUCUCUGGAUGGCUGCUAUGCAAAAAAGCUUUAAUCGGAAAAUUUUAUUUGCAUUAGUUUUGAUUAUAUUACCCCUAACCUAAAACCUAUUCUGUAAUUUCUGCGUAGUGUUUCUUUAUAAUUACUCCUACAAUAGAAAUGUUUCGGAGUUUUCUUACUGAGUAUCGUCUUGAUAAU